UUGAGUUUUAGCGCAAAGAUGGCACCGCGCAUUCGCUGUCCGCACAGACGGCCAGCCAUCUCCGAAACAUUAAAACCGGCGGGAACUUUCUUUGCAACAGCAACUGCAGAAGUGCCGCGACGCUCAGCAACAAGCCCGCUCCUUAGCCUCCACGCUCCUCUCCCUUUCAUCCACAUUUAACGAGCCUAUUACCUCUGAGCCGGUGCUGGAAAUUGAACUAAACGAACUCGAAUCCGAAACAGAAUGAUUUCCUGAGCUACUACCGCAGGAUGAGUUUAACGAGCCUGCUCUGAUAGAUCUCGAUGUGCUCCAGGCUUUGAAGCUCAAAGGUUCAGAGGCUCGUAAGUGGUUAUCGAAGCAACUGUUGCUUCCUGAAUGGAUGAUAGAUGUUCCUGAUCGGCUUAGCGAAGACAGAUACGUACUUGCAAGGCCUUCCGGUAAAUGAUGCUUUGUAGUUUCAUCAGCAGGCUACGAAAUGGAUCAAUUCUGCAUCGGUUUCCUUCUGCUCUACCUAACGGAGCAAAGACAAAAAAAUGCCUCUGGAUCCGGUCAAACAUAUUGUAUUCUAAAUUGUAUAUUUCAGGAGCUGAGUUUCGCUUCUUCUGGCUCAAUUCCAAGCUUGUUGAAACUGGUGCUUGUGAGCCACCUUCAUACUAUCACGAAUAUAAAUUCAGCUUGAUACCUUUGUAUACAUGCCAUCAAAAUAGUCUCUAUGUGGCUUAUACAGGAGCCGUACCUUUUGUCAAGGAUGAUCUAUUAUUUUACAAGCAUUCCCAUUACCAGCCAGAUACACCACUUGCAUUGGUCUGGAAGGAUGAGAAUUGCAGUCGAUAUGUUAUUGACACAGAUAAAAUGGACAAGUUCCAAGCCAGCAGCAGCUGGUUUUGGAGCUACAAGGUGAUGGAAAGGGUGCUACAUUUGAUGAUCCUUCUGUGGACAUUGGUUGCUUAGAUGGUGACUUGAUCGAAAAGGUUUUGUUGAUCCAAAUUUAACCCUUUCUAUGGUUCAUUAGUUUUAAAAUUCUUUUGUUUAUUACAUGUUGCUUCCUUCGACUACAUUUCUGCUUGCAAUGAGGUCUGUGGUUAUUAUGUCUUCUUUCUGUCCUUGUUGGUUUGUUGUGUAAUUUGGCAUGGUACCUAUGUCACCAUAUCUUAGUUUUAAUGUUGUUAUUGGGGAUUGUGUUAGCUGAAGAAACUGUUGCUUGAUA